GUAACAUCUGAAGCCACGACUCUUACUACAAUACCUUCAACUUCAGAGAGUACACCAGCACAAACCACAAGUACAGCUUCAUCAACCACAUCUCCAACAACAAGCAAUCCAACAACAUCAGCAGCUGUAACUUCUGAAUCAACUACUUUUACUAAAACAAUAUCUACAACUUCAGAGAGUACACCAGCAGAAACCACAUCUACAAUUUCACAAACCACAAUUACAGCUUUACCAACUGCAUCUACAGCAACAAGCAUUCCAAUAACAUCAGCAGCUGCAACUUCUGGACCCACUACUCUUAGUACAAUACCUUUAAUUUCAGAGGGUACAACAGCAAGAGCCACAACUACAGCUUCAUCAACUGCUUCUACAACACUGAGAAAUCCAACAACAUCAGCAGCUGUAACUUCUGAACCUACUACUCCUACAUCAAAAACAAUGCCUACAACUUCAGAGGGUACAACAGUAGGAACCAUAACUGCAGCUUUAUCAUCCGCAUCUACAACAGCGAGCAAGAGUACAACAGCUGAAAGCACAACUACAGCUCCAUCAGCCACAUCUUUAACAAUGAGCAAUCUAACAAACUCAGCAGCUGCAACGUCUGAUCCCACUACUAUUUCGACAACAAAAAUGCCUACAACUUCAGAGAUUACAACAGCAAAAUCCACAACUACAGUUUCAUCAACUGCUUCUACAACACUGAGCAAUCCAACAACAUCAGCAGCUGCAACUUCUGAUUCCACUACUCUUUCGACAACAACAAUGCCUACAACUUCAGAGAUUACAACAGCAAGAGCCACAACUACAGUUUCAUCAACUGCCUCUACAACACUGAACAAUCCAAUAACAUCAGCAGCUGUAACUUCUGAACCUACAACUCCUACUUCAAAAACAAUGCCUACAACUUCAGAGGGCACAACAGUAAGAACCACAACUGCAGCUUUAUCAUCUUCGUCUAUAACAGCGAGCAAGAGUACACCAGCUGAAAGCACAACUACAGCUCCAUCAGCCACAUCUUUAACAAUGAGCAACUCAGCAGCUGCAACUUCUGUUCCCACUGCUAUUUCGACAACAACAAUUCCUACAACUUCAGAGAUUACAACAGCAAAAGCCACAAUUACAGCUCUAUCAACUGCUUCUACAACACUGAGGAAUCCAACAACAGCAACAUCAGCAAUUUCAGAAUCCACAGCUAUUACUUCAACAACUAUGUCUACAGAUUCAGGGAUUACAACAGUUAAAACUACAGCUUCCACAACUGCAGCUGUAUCUUCCACUAUAACAACAGUUCCUGUGUCAUCUGAAGCUUUGAGUACAACAGCAUCUCAAACCAAAUUGCUUCUAGCAACCACAUCUACUGGAACUCUUGCAUCAGCAGUUGUGACUUCAGAAGUAACAGCAUCAGGUAGUACAACUACACCUGCAGCAAGCACAACUGCAGCUUCCAUGACCACAGUGGGGCCUUCCACUACUGUGACAACAGCUUCCGAAACUAAGACUGCAUCCUCAACAUCUACGCUUUCCUCACCUGCGAUAGUGCCUUCUACUGCUACGGCAUCUCCAACUUCAUCUGAAUCUCCACUUCAAACCACAUCAAUAUUUGUCAACCCUGCUCCAGUAAAGUCUACAACUUUAGAAAGCACAACUGCUCAUACAGCAUCGACGUCAGCUACCACAAAGUUACCUUCAACUGUUACAUCUGCUGCUACCUCAUCUGAAGCUCCAAGUACAAAAACAGCCGAAACCACAAUUUCAUUUGCAGCCACGACUACUGAAACCUCAACUCUUGCUUCACUACCAAUGUCUACAACUUCAGGCAGUACACCUGCACCCGCAGCAUCCAGUUUUACAUCUUCCUCCUCUAUGAUUGGAGCUCCUACUGCUUUUUCAUCUUCAAUCUCAUCUCAAACUACAAGUACAACAAUACAAGGUCCAACCAUAUCCACAAUUACAGCCAGAACAUCUGCAAUUUCAUCAACAACAGAAAAUCCAGCUCAAACCCCAGCUUCAAUUCUAAGCACAAGCACUGCUACAGUGGCCACAACAACUGCAUUCCAAAUAACAUCAUUACCUCUAUCAAGCACAACUGUUGCUUUCACUAAUACAGCUCCAACUCUAAGCCAAGCAACACUCCCUACCACAACAAAUGCACCUCCAAUAAUUACAACUGUGUCUCUGGAGACCAUAACUGUUGCUGUAACAAUUAUGCCCAUGUCCUCAUCACAUGUAACUAUAUUUCCAACUUUAACUCCAACAAAAACAACUGAACCUCCAAGAACCUCAAAUGCACCCAUUACAACCAUGACUGUUCUUCCUACCAAUACAGUUCCAGUUGAUAUCUCAGCUACUGCUCCAAGCACAACAAGCUCAGCUGCAGCUCAAAUGACAACUGCAUUUCAAGUGACAACAGGAGAUCUUUUAAAAACAACUGUUGCUUUUACAAGUACAUCUUCUGCUCCAGCCACACUUGAACUUUCAACAAAAACAACUUCAAGCCCAAGCAUGGAUUCAGAAACUACAACUGCAUCAACAACUACCACUGGAAUUAUUACAGGUCUUGCUAAUACAGCAGAAUUUCCAGUAGCUCCAAUAACAUUAGGUUCAAACACAAAUACAUCAACAUCACCAUCAUCUACAGUUCUAGGUCAAACAUUCAUAAAAACAACACCAGUUGAAACUCCUAUUAGCAAUACCACAACUCUGAACAAUACAACAAAAGCAGAUGCAUUUGUUACAUUUCAAAGUACUUCAAAUCCAGAAACUUCAAACAUAUCCAAAACAUUGGCAUCAAAUGUGUCCGGUGCAGCAACAGUCACAACCAAACUGAUAUUUUCCAACUUGUCAUCUCUGCCCACUGAAACUUUGGUCCAAGGUGCUAUUAGUACUCUAAUUACAUCUAGAGAGUCACAACUCAAUGAAUCACUGCAGAUUGUCAGUUUUAUCUAUCAGAAAAUCUCUGAAACUUCCUAUGCUGUCAUAUUUACUAUUAUUUUGAAUAAUGUCAGCAUACCUAAGGAUCCUGAGCUAAGAAACAAAAGUUAUGUUCAAGUGCAAGAUUUAAUUAAUAAUGCGUUGAACACUCUUCUAAACGAGCCUGGCAAGCAAGAUUUUGAACCCAAGUCCUCCAACUUCACGAGCACUUCAAACCAGAUUGAUGGCAGGAUGGAAUACGUCUUCCAGAAUGGAAAUGCCAUACAACCAUGCCAUGAGCCAGUCAGCAUAUCUAAGCUCUGA